AUGCCAUCCCUUCAGUCACCCGUUGAUCGUUGCCAGACAGGCCUGACCAAACUUCCGGUCGAGAUCAUCCUGGAAAUCGUCUCUUAUGUCAGUCCUGCUGCGUCUCCUCAGGAUGUGUGGGAUAACACGCCAUUCCGUGAUGGCACUUGCGACUUGAAGAACCUCGCUGUAUCAUGCAAGACGCUUUACGAUACUCUGCAGCCCAUGCUGUAUGCUCGAAGCCAGCACGAUGACUGGUAUGCCCUCCGCUGGGGUGCCUUCCACGGCUCCAUCCAGACGAUGGAAGACGCAGUGGCCGCAGGUGCGCCGCUCGACUAUACAUAUGAAGACACGGACGACUACCACACCAGCAACUACUGUCGUUGCGGUCGAUUUGAAAGGGUUCCCGUAUCCUCACAUAGCUCGCAGAUUUGCACCCUUUUCCACGAGAAGAAGCCCGUCCGGAGUGCCGGGACUCCUCUUCUGACUGCAAUUCGCGGCGGCCAGCCGAAAGCUGUGGACUGGCUUCUUUCCAAGGGAGCCAACCCCAAUUACGCUACGCAGACAGGAAUUGGAUUGGGCGGCGCUUUCUGCCGUUCGUGUGCCCGUAAGUCUGAUUCUUCCGGAGGAUAUCUAAGCUGCAUUGGAACCUGUGGAGUCACGCCCAUGCAAGGUGCUCUUGACUACUUCACGCACAGCUCCUUCGGUGGCUCUCUCCUUAAGACGGAAGAUGCCCGCAUAAAGGUUCUCGGAAGUCUCUUGGCCUAUGGUGCAGACGUCAACCAGGAGUUCGGCUUCAUCGACUGUCCACACUACGAUCGUCACCUGCGUUCCCUCCCUCAACAGCAUUGGAACCCUUUGGGCCUCGCGGUGUUCACUCAGACAGUAGGCCCCGAGACUGUGAAGUUUCUCCUUGACAACGGCGCGCGAUUCGAGACGGGAACUGAGUCUCUGUUCAUGCCUGUUCUUGCGCACCUAUCCCAUUGUGGGAUCGCGCUAAUUUCCUGGCGAGUCCCCGUCGACCUGCCCCUGUACGACUGCGAGUCCAAAGCGCGUGUCUUGCUCUCGGAGAGGCAUGAAGCACACGAGAACUGUCACUGUUUCCCAAGCUACGAUAGCCUCAACUCGCUUGGAGAGCGAGAUUGCGGACGCAUUUCCUGGGAUGACCAAACUCCGUACAGCGGCAAAAGGGUGAAGAAGGUGUUCCAGUUUUUGCGGGAACUUGAACUGCCUCUCCUUACCUCACAUCUUGAUUCGGUCGAAUCGAAGCAGAUCUCCCCGCUGAUGAAAGCAAUCCGAGCAUUAACUCCGGAAACUGUGAAGCUGCUCAUAGGCUAUGGGGAGGAUCCUAAUGCGCGCUGCUCGCUGGGAAUAUGGCCGUGGCAUCAGAAUUCUGCCCAGACCAUAGAUGGACAUAACGCACUCACCUUCGCAUGCGCCAUGGUGGAAGACAGCCCGCCACAACCCCAAAUUGUUCUUGAAUUGCUCAGGGGAGGCGCGAAUCCAUUGCUCAGAAACUCCCGAGGACACACGGCAUUACACGAGCUGGCCCGCAACAACUUUGACGCUACAACUGGCAAGCUUCUCCUGGACUACGGGGCGAACCCCAACGCUCUUGACGCCCACAUCACCGACAUCUUCGGGCUUGCCACGACUUCGAGAGCCGUCCUCUCUGCAAGCGGCUCAUCGACCCUCCACGUCCACAACACCGCCGACCCCACGAUCCCCAUCACCCAAUCCAUCAGCGGCGCGCACAAGCUUGGCUGUCACCACAUCUGCACCUCCCGCGAUGGUCGUGUAGCCGCCAGCGCUGGCUUCGCCGGCGAGCUGAAGGUCUGGGUCGUCGACAAGGAUACGGGAGAGUGGAAGCUUCACUCGGAGGUCAAGGACAAGAACUCCAAGGCUGGCGAGACGUGGGCUAUUGCUCUCAGCGAGGACGGAAAGUUCCUCGCAGGCACGACCUACGACGGGCGAGUAAACGUUUGGGACGUCGGCGCGGAGGGAACGCCCAAGAUCAGAGAGUACGAGACGGGAAGCCCUGGAUCAGGCAGCUUCGGCAUGUCUGUUGAUCUGAGCAGAGACGGACGGUAUACCGCGAGUGGACACCAGAACGGCUCUGUCUACGUCUUCAACAAUGACAGCGGACGUCUUGCGUACUCGCUACCAGGUCUGGCCAAGCCUGUCCGCGCGGUGGCGUUCUCGCCGGGUAACACGAGACUGGCGGCUGCCGGAGACUCUUCCAUUAUCGCCAUCUACGACCUCAAGCACGGCGAGCAAGUCGGCAACAUGACGGGCCACUCAUCAUGGAUCACCACCAUCGACUGGAGCGACACGGGCGAGUAUCUGCUCAGCGGAGCGAUGGACGGCAAGGUCAAGGUCUGGUCAGUGGAUCGCUACGCCUGCGUGGCUACGCAUAGCGAGACUGGCCAGGCACUGUGGUCUGUGAAGUGGCUUCCCAAGACCGGGAAGAGCGAGAUGUUCUGCACGGCGGGUGCAAACAGAAGCAUUUCGUUCUAUAGAGAGGCGACUGGGGCAUAG